AUGGCGGCCCCGCAGCCGCAGGCGCAGAUUCAGCCAUGCCGCUACAAGACCGGCAAGACCUUAGGCGCAGGCUCCUACAGCGUCGUGAAAGAGUGCGUGCACAUCGAUACCGGCAGAUACUAUGCGGCCAAGGUCAUUAACAAGCGCCUCAUGGCCGGCCGGGAACACAUGGUGCGCAAUGAGAUCACCGUGCUGAAGCGGGUGUCCAUGGGCCACCAGAACAUCUUGACGCUCGUCGAUUACUUUGAGACUAUGAACAACCUAUACCUCGUCACCGACCUCGCGCUCGGCGGCGAACUCUUCGACCGCAUCUGCCGCAAAGGUUCCUACUACGAAUCCGACGCCGCCGACCUCAUUCGCGCCACCCUCUCCGCCGUUGCCUACCUCCACGACCACGGCAUCGUGCACCGCGACCUCAAGCCCGAAAACCUCCUCUUCCGCACGCCCGAAGACAACGCCGACCUGCUCAUCGCCGAUUUUGGCCUCUCGCGCAUCAUGGACGAAGAGCAGUUCCACGUCCUCACCACCACCUGCGGCACCCCGGGCUACAUGGCGCCGGAGAUCUUCAAAAAGAGCGGGCACGGGAAGCCGGUAGAUGUAUGGGCGAUUGGUGUCAUCACAUACUUCCUAUUGUGCGGGUAUACGCCGUUCGACCGAGAUAGCAAUUUGGAAGAGAUGCAGGCCAUCCUCGUGGCGGACUACUCCUUCACACCUGUGGAAUACUGGCGCGGCGUGUCGCAGACUGCGCGCCAGUUCAUCGAGCGAUGUUUGACCAUCGACCCCACCAAACGAAUGACGGCGCAUGAAGCUUUAAGUCACGAGUGGAUCGCGGGCCCUGAGAGCGGACGAGGCGAGGCAGAUCUACUACCGACGGUGAAGAAGAAUUUCAACGCGAGACGGACACUACACAAAGCCAUUGAUACCGUGCGCGCCAUCAAUCAGCUACGGGCGGGUGGCAUGCACCAUCUCAUGGACGGCGCGCACAGUGCUCAGCCGAAGAAGAUGCAGGCGCCGCCGGAAAUGCAGCCGAAGGAGGAGCAUGUCAACGAGGAUGUCAAGAUGGAGGAUGCGCCCGCACCACCUGGAGGACAAGACUCGGCGGUUGUCGUGGAUCCUGUCGGGCACGGGAAAGGACAAACGGCGGCGCAGGUUCAGGCGCAGUUGAAACGGGUGCAGGAGAAGACGAAUGAGAUGUGGAAUGAUCGGAAAUCGUAA